GGGAGUUGCCAGACAGAUCAUGGGCUGGGGGGGGCCGUAGGAGCCAGGAGCCCCGCUUAUAAGAGGACCAACACCUCCCCGCCCCCCUUCAGUCCCAGGCACCGCGAGGCAGGAGGAGAGGCACCGGCUGAAAAUGCAGCUGCCUCGCGGCUGCCUGUUGUUCCUGGUCCAGGGGAGCAUCUCCCUGCUGGUGAUCUCUGGACAAGAACAAGGGGAGGAUGCAGAGCAAGGUGAAAAUGAAGUUCAAGACAGAUCCCAACUGCAAAAGAAGAGGGAGCACCUCUCCCCGAAGUCCCUACUAACUCAAACCCCAUUGCAGAAUUUGACUCACCUAGAGUUGGUCUCUAGUUCACAAGAGUUCUGGGAAGUCCUGGACAACCUGUCUGAGCUGGACCAGGGCUCACGCUCUAGAGGACGCAGGGACCGUGUGGCAAACACAGGCAAGUUCAAGAAAAUUUUUGGCUGGGGUGAUUUUUAUUCCAACAUCAAGACAGUAAAGCUGAACCUUUUGAUCACUGGGAAGGUCGUCGAUCAUGGUAACGGUACCGUUAAUGUCUUCUUCCGGCACAACUCUACUGGGCAGGGCACUAUCUCCGUCAGCCUCGUCCCUCCCACCAAGACAGUGGAGUUUGACCUGGAGCAGCAGAUCUUUAUUGAGGCCAAAGAAUCCAAGGUCUUCAACUGCCGGGUAGAUUAUGAGAAAGUGGAUCGGGCCAAGAAAACCACACUCUGUACUUACGACCCCUCCAAAACCUGCUACUAUGAGCACACGCAGAGUCAUGUCUCCUGGGUCUGUUCCAAACCCUUCAAAGUCAUUUGCAUCUACAUUACCUUCUACAGCAUAGACUACAGGCUAGUGCAGAAGGUGUGUCCUGACUAUAACUACCACAGUGAUGUACCUUAUUACCCCUCUGGAUGAUAGACCUGUUCCAUCUCAGGGAUAGCCCAGAGACGGGUGUCCUGGGGAAAUAGUUUUGUAAGCUGAAGCAGAGUGCAGGGGUCUCUAGAAACCAGAGUUCUGAUGCAGGACAGAAAAGGAAGGAGAACUGAUUUUCUCUAAAAGCCUAAGCAUUGAAGAAAGGAAUUCUAGACUCAGGGUACUGGCAUUUCUAAACCUGACCCAGAGCUGUGGUCUUUAGAGACUGGGCUAUGUAGAAGAUGCCUGGACACGAAGUACAGAAAUCAUCAUCAGGAUUUGGGUUUCUCAACACAAGAAUAUUUGCCUGGACCUAGCUCACGUGGCCAAGAAACCAAGGCCUGGACAUUGGGUCAA